AUGGCCACUGACGGAGCUUCAUCCUCGUUCAAGACGCAGCUCUUCAUUAACAAUGAAUACGUCGAUGCCCAGUCUGGGGAAUCAUUCCCUCUCUACAACCCGGCCGACGAGUCCCUCCUUCACCCGGCUAUCCAGGCGGCCGGUCCCGCAGAUAUCGAUGCCGCUGUUGCCGGGGCCCAAGCAGCGUUCAAACCUGGCAGUCCUUGGCGAAGCAGCUUCCCCGCCAAGCGACGCGCGGCGGCGAUGCACAAGCUGGCGGACUUGAUAGAGGCGAAUGCGGCGGAGCUGGGCAGACUGGAGACGCUGGCGAUGGGCCAGCCGCCGCUGGUGGCCGGGAUGAUGGCACAGUGGACCGCCGACACGUUCAGGUACUACGCAGGCUGGGCCGAUAAGAUUGCGGGCGAGACGUUCCCUGCUGAGCAGGAUGAGAACGGCGAUGGCGGGCCGGGCACGUACAAGAUUGUGAAAUAUGAACCCCUGGGCGUGUGUGCGGGUGUAGGCGCGUGGAAUGCGGCGCAGACCACCUUCGCCUGGAAAGUCGCCCCCGCCCUUGCGGCUGGCAACACGGUCAUCUACAAGCCCUCGGAGAAGGCGCCCCUCGGCGUGCUCGCCCUCGGUGCGCUGAUCAAGGAAGCAGGCUUCCCGCCGGGCGUGGUGCAGCUGGUCUCGGGCGGCGGCAGCACGGGAGCGCUGCUGGCGUCGCACCCGGCCAUCGCCAAAAUCAGCUUCACGGGCUCCGUCGCCACGGGCCGCAAGAUCCAGGAGGCGGCCAUCCGCUCCAACAUGAAGCGCGUCACGCUCGAGCUGGGCGGCAAGAGCCCGGCCCUCGUCUUCGCCGACGCCGACCUGGACAACGCCGUCCAGCAGUGCUCCAUCAACUUCCUGCUCAACAGCGGCCAGGUCUGCGUCGCCGCCAGCCGCACCCUGGUGCAGGAGGAGAUCGCCGACGCCUUCGUCGAGCGCCUCAAGGCCGUCUUCGAGCACACGGCCAAGGCCAUGCGCGACCCCACGCUCGAGGGCGCCCACCCGCUGCAGUUCCUGGGCCCCAUGGCCGACCGCGCCCAGUUCGACCGCGUCAUGGGCUUCAUCGAGCGCGCCAAGGCCGCCGCCGCCGACGCCGACAACGGGAAGCUGCUGACCGGAGGCGGCCGCGUCGGCGACAAGGGCCUGUUCGUCGAGCCCACCAUCUUCGUGAACCCCAAGCCCGACAGUGAGAUCUACAAGCAGGAGGUCUUCGGCCCCGUGAGCACCGUGAGGACCUUCAAGACCGAGGAGGAGGCCAUCGCCUUGGCCAACGACACUUCAUACGGCCUGUCCGCGACGCUAUACACCAACUCCAUCUCUCGCGCCCUGCGCGUAUCUGGUUUGAUCGAAGCUGGCACCGUUGGCGUCAACACAGCCUUCAUGCCGAACAACAUGACUCCCUUCGGCGGCAUUAAGCAGAGCGGAUCCGGCAGAGAAUUGGGAAAACAGGGUAUACUGGCCUACUUGGAAAUGAAGACUAUUCACAUCAACAUGGGCGUCUAA